ACAAUGGAGGAGGAGGUGCCUUGCUACUUCGUGUGCCCCAUCUCGCUGCACUUGAUGCGCGACCCCGUGACGCUGCCCACCGGCAUCACCUACGACCGCGACGGCAUCGAGCGCUGGCUCCUCACCGCCGGCACCUGCCCGCUCACCAAACAGCCCGUGCCGCCCGACUGCGACCCCACGCCCAACCACACGCUGCGCCGCCUCAUCCAAUCCUGGUGCGCGGCCGAGGGCGUAGUCCGGCGCGUCGCCACGCCGCCUAAGCCCCCCAUCGGCGACGACCGCUCCCGUGUCGCCUCGCUCGUCUCGCGGAUCGGCGCCAACAAUAAUUUUACGUCGACGGAGCUCCUCGCCGCUCUGCGCGAGCUCAGGGACGUGGCGUCCGAGAGCGAACGCAGCAAGAAGCUCGUCGCGGCCGUUCCCCGCGCGGUGGACACUCUGGUCGGCGUGUUCAUCAUCGCAUCGUCGGCGACGGCAAGUGCUGCCGUCUGCUGCGACGAGGUGCUCGAGAUCAUAUCCUCGCUGGAGCUCUCGGAGAAGUGCCUAGCUCGCGUCAUCGAGGCGAACGAGGCGCUCUCCCGGUCCCUCGUCGGCGCUCUCGUCUCCGCUCUGCAACGAUCCAACGCCGCGUCCAGAGCGCACGCGGCGCUGCUUCUCCGGAGCGUGACGGCCGUCAUGUCGACCAACAGCCUGGCGUCCCUCCCGGAGCAGUUGUUCGGUGAGGUGGUGCAGUUGAUCCGCGACAAGCAGGUAUCCAGCAGGGCUGUGACCAAGGCAGCCCUGCACGUAAUCGUGGGCACAGCACCAUGGGGCCGCAACCGCGUCAAGGCGGUGGACGCCGGCGCGGUGGCAGCGCUGGUGGACAUGCUCCUGGACGGGCCGGAGCGGCGCGCGUGCGAGCUGGCGCUAGGCGCGCUGGACCGGCUGUGCGUGUGCGCGGAGGGGCGUGCCGAGCUGGUGGCGCACGGCGCGGGCGUGGCGGCCGUGGGCGGCAAGGCCCUGAGGGUGUCGGACGUGGCCACCGACAAGGCGGUGCGGGUGCUGCGGUCGGUGGCGAGGCACGCGGCCACGGCGGCGGUGCUGCAGGAGAUGGCGCAAACCGGCGUGGUGGGGACGCUGUGUGUGGUGGCGCAGUCGGAGGAGCAGUACGGCGAGAGGACGAGGGAGCGGGCGCGGGAGACGCUCCGGCGGCAUGCGAGGGCAUGGAGGAGCACGCCUUGCCUGCACCACCACCUCCAGGCCAUGUACCCUUGACCCUUGCUGUGCAUGGAUUGGUGUAGUUGUAGCUCUGAAUUGAGGUGUACAGAUUGAAGGACGGACAUAAUCAAAGUCAAGAUCGUUCAAGGCAACAAAGAAUCCGAUCUGGCAGGCAAUUAAUCCUUUUGGAUCGGAUGUAGUUUUAUAUCAGCUUCGUCACUACUGUUACAUUCAUUCGGAUUUGCCGUCAUCAGUUUGAUCA